AUGACCUCUCGACAAUAUCAGUAUACCAACAUAAAGGCAACAUCCAAUGCUAAAAAGAAAGAGAAGAGAAGAAAACAUGGAGGCAGCCUACAAGAUGAAAAGGAAAAGACAUGGCUCAAGAAAAAGCAGAAGAUAUCCAGCUCCAUCCAAGAAACUCAAAGAAGAUGGCCACCGCUGCUUAUACCAGACAGUCAACAAGGAAGGACAAGUGGAAUGUGGAAUGUGGCGUGUGCUGCGUUGGAAAAGCAGAAGGAGGGACGGAAAAAAGAAGCCCGGGCUGGUAUUCGAACCAACGGCAAAAAAAAAGUGAGGAGCUAG